AUGGCGGCUGUUAUUAGCAUAUACCUCUUUAUUACAUUCGCCUGGGUAAUGCUUGCCGUUAAUAAAGAUGAUUUAUUCUUCCACGCACGUCGCACUCCAAAAUUCGGAUUCAUGUUCCAUGUUCAAGCCAUGUCCUUCAAAACAUUGUG